AUGUUGCUUACCACUCUUCUCGCGUUCCUUUCCUUCGCGGCGCUGGUUGCCGCCGGAGGAAACACUACAGUAUGGGUAACGCAAACCGAGAUCGUGACGAUCGGGCCUUCAGUUAUGAAUCAUGCGGUUGCGACUCAGAUGGUCGAGAGGCAGAAUGAUGGCAUCUGGACACCAGAUGCCACAUUCGUGAACCCAACUCCCUGGGUCCCCGUUCCCUCCGAGCCUGUGUGGACGCCGCAAGUGCCUGUGCCCCCUGGAAAAUCGAGUGAGCCUAUCCCCAAGACACCAGGAGAGAGAACAACCGACAACGGGAAAGUGGGUCUCGGCAUCGUCGUUGGCUUGAUUGCAGCUGCGGUCGGCCUGGCGUUCAUGGGCUGCCUGGGCUUCUGGAUGAAGAAGCACGGGUGGUGCUGCAGCUACAGCCGUCAGAAGAGGAAAGGUAGGGCGAAGGCUAGGGCGACUGUCCGUGACCUUGAAGCCGCCCGAGGACUGGACGGCUCGAAUGUGGCAUACCCGCCACGCGUCGCCUACCCCGGGACUUAUAUCGCCCAUUAA